UUAUUCACAUGAGGGAAACUACAGUUGUGUUUAUGAAGUCAGUGUCUCCUCACGCUCCUUCCGUUCAUCUGCCUCUGAACUGCUGCUCAUCACUAUCACAGAUCUGAGAUUGGUCAGUGGUUCUGACUCAUGCUGUGGAAGAGUGGAGAUCUGUUAUAAUGGCCAGUGGGGAACCGUGUGUGAUGAUGACUGGGACAUGAAUGAUGCUGCUGUGGUGUGCAGACAGUUACAGUGUGGAUCAGCCAUCAGUGCACCUCACAGAGCCGCUUUUGGUCAAGGCAGUGGAUCGAUCUGGCUGGAUGAUGUUGAAUGCUCAGGAAGUGAAGGAACCCUCACACAAUGUUCACAUCAUGGAUUAAGAAAACAUAACUGUAAUCACGGUAAAGAUGCUGGUGUUGUUUGUUCAGGUGAGCUGCAGAUGCCGACCCUUUCCCUGACCUCCACCAAUGCUGUUGUUUCUCGUGGAGAAAAUAUCCAGUUCAGAUGCACAACACCUAAACCAAGAUGCAAUGUUAAUGCUGAAUUCCAGCUCUUCAGAAAUGGUUUAUCUGUAUCCUCCCAGACACAUGUAUCUAGUGUGACUUUCAACCACAAUAUAGACGUCUCACAUCAAGGCAGCUACAGCUGUCAAUACUCCUACCAAAACAACAUCAAGUCACUUUUGAGCAACACUGUUAAUAUCACUGUGGUGGACUUGCAGCAGCCCAGCAUUUCCCACAGUGCUCCUGAUGGACAGUUUGUCGUGGGGUCUCAGGGGCCAGUGAUCACCAGGGGCCACAGUUUCACUAUCAUCUGUUCCACUGAAUCUCAGUAUCCUGGAGGCUCUUUUCACCUGUUCAGAGGCUCAAUCAUCACCAGGAGUGAGUCAGCUGUCAAUCACUCCUCCUCCUUCUCCUUUCCUGAGGCAGAUUAUUCACAUGAGGGAAACUACAGUUGUGUUUAUGAAGUCAGUGUCUCCUCACGCUCCUUCCGUUCUUCUGCCUCUCAACUGCUGCUCAUCACUAUCACAGUGAACUUGCAGCAGCCCAGCAUUUCCCACAGUGCUCCUGAUGGACAGUUUGUUGUGGGGUCUCAGGGGCCAGUGAUCACCAGGGGCCACAGUUUCACUAUCAUCUGUUCCACUGAAUCUCAGUAUCCUGGAGGCUCUUUUCACCUGCUCAGAGGGUCAAACAUCACCAGGAGUGAGUCAGCUGUCAAUCAUUCCUCCUCCUUCUCCUUUCCUGAGGCAGAUUAUUCACAUGAGGGAACAUACAGUUGUGUUUAUGAAGUCAGUGUCUCCUCACGCUCCUUCUGUUCAUCUGCCUCUGAACUGCUGCUCAUCACUAUCACAGCCUCGCUGCUUCCUGUCAUUGGUGCUGCAGUGUCAGCUGUGCUGCUCUUAUUGUCUGUUCUCAUAAUCAUUCUCCUGCUGAAGAGAAGACAAAAGCAAAGGAACAAGGAAACUCAUUCAAAGUGCUCUUUUACUAAAGGUGCAGCUAACACAUAUGCAGGUGCAUCCCAUGAUAACAAAAAUAAAGAAAAUGAUGAGGCUGAUUAUGAAAAUGUAAAACUUCGUAAAAACAUGGAUCAUGAUGACUCUGAAGAUGUUUAUAAAAAUAUGGACUCUAAUCAUUCUAAACAGGAUUAUAAUAAUCCUGAUGACUCUGAAGAGUACUAUGUCAACGUGAAUGAUACAGAAAAUAAAAGUGUGGUAGACAAAUCUGAUGAUAACAUUUAUGAAAGCUAUUGUGAUUAAUGACUGGUCUUGGCCUACCUGAAGGAUAUCACUGGACCUUCGCUGUUGAGAAAAAAAAAAAAAAAAAAAAAAAAAAAGAAUAUGCUGGUUAGGUAUGUUUUGAAAAGGUUUAGUAUGGUUUGAGCUGGCACCACCAUCUCUCAGGACAAUCACAUCGACUCUAUUGCAAAAAAAAACAGCAGAGGUUAUAUUUCCUUCCUUUAUCACACCCAGCCCACUUCCUCUUUGAACUGUUUCUCUGUGGCUGGUGCCCAAAAACAGCCUGACACAAGAACAGCUUUUUCCCUCAGGCCAUAUUCCACAUCUAUACAAAACUUCUCAAAACUGUUCAUCUAUAUAGAGCACAUUUGCAUAACUCCCUCUAUAUUUAUAUUUAUUAUCUUUAUUAUUAGCGUUAUUUCAUUUAAUUUUAUUACCUUAAAUAAUGUCUGCGUAUGUUCCUUGUACUGCAUCUCAAAGCUCUUGUUAUAAAGACAAAUUCUUUGUGUGUGUAAACAUGCUUCGCAAUAAAAUCCCUUUUUGAUUCUGAUUCUAA